UCGAACAGAUCACAUCCGGAGUAGAUGUUUGCCAUGUUUUGCUUCUGUUGCCUCUCAGUUUAGUUUCAACUUCUUCAGUCCACACCAGUUUACCUCAGUUAUUUACAGCCGUCAUGUCUCGGGGGUCAAGUGCAGGGUUUGACCGCCAUAUCACCAUCUUCUCUCCGGAGGGAAGACUCUACCAAGUCGAGUAUGCCUUCAAAGCCAUCAACCAGGGAGGACUGACCUCCGUAGCGGUCAGAGGCAAGGACUGUGUUGUGGUCGUCACACAAAAGAAAGUCCCAGACAAGCUGUUGGAUGCCUUGACAGUCACACAUCUGUUCAGAAUUACGGAGAACAUCGGCUGCGUUAUGACUGGCAUGACUGCUGAUAGCAAGUCUCAGGUGCAGAGGGCACGGUAUGAAGCAGCUAACUGGAUGUAUAAGUACGGCUAUGAGAUUCCUGUGGACAUGUUGUGCAAACGCAUGGCGGACAUCUCCCAAGUCUACACACAGAAUGCUGAGAUGAGGCCUCUAGGCUGCUGUAUGAUAGUGGUCGGACUGGAUGAAGAGUUGGGUCCGCAGCUGUAUAAGUGUGAUCCAGCCGGCUACUACUGUGGCUUUAAGGCCACAGCAGCUGGAGUCAAGCAGAAUGAGGCCACCAGCUACCUAGAGAAGAAAGUCAAGAAGAAACUGGACUGGACCUAUGAGCAGACUAUAGAGACGGCUAUCUCAUGUCUGUCAACUGUUGUGUCCAUCGACUUGAAGCCCUCGGAGCUGGAGGUGGGCGUUGUCACUACACAGGAAUCCAGAUUCAAGAUUCUGUCAGAGUCUGAGAUCGAUGUUCACCUGGUGGCUUUGUCUGAGAGAGAGUGAGGAACGUUGGCAGCCAUUUUGCUGCCGUCUGCAUUACUCGACUUUUCUUACUUGAAAAGGAUGAUGAACGGUAACACCAGAAAACCCCACCGCCUCCACACAAAGGUCUCACGUAGAAGGAAGAUGGAGUUGGAGUUGGUAUCAUCUUGUUCAGAGGAGAGGUGGUACUACACCAUGAGGCUGAGAAAAACAAAAAGAUGAACAAUAAAGAACAAUAUGGUCCUUUUUACCAGGUGGGUAGAAUAUGUUACCCAUCUGUGCUGGCACUUACCCCUCCUCCAUCCUCUCUGGUCAUAGCCAGGACCUAACUGGACACAAUAUUAUCCACGUAUGCAUUUCCUUCUAGCCACACCGAGACAUCCUCAUUGCAGGCAGCCGCCAAAUGUCACAAAGCCUAGAAAUAUGCUGGACAUUCAUAUCAGUCCACCAUAUGAUACAUCAGUCUGAUUUGCUUCUUGGACACUGAUGGUGCCACAGUGCCCUCCCUGGAUGGAGCUCAGCCCAAAUGACUUCAGUUGAUGUGUGUGACAUGAGCAGACUGGAAGAUGGGGGUGUGGUAACACUACAACUACAGCACAAUACCUCUUACUUCGCAUGGACCUGGUGGUCCUCUGUCUUCUUGAGUCACUGUAUUUCAACAGUGCUUCCAAUCUUUACUCAGGGCUGCCACAAUGUGUAUCGCUCUCAUUUUAUUCAUCUGCUCUAAAGUCUCCCCUCUCCACUUUUAGUUACAGGAUGUUUAUGCUCUGAUGUACUUUGUGAUAACCCAGGGAACAGCUGUGGGAAUUCUCCCAGUAUGACAGUCAUCAUCGUCACACCCCUGUUAAAGUCUGCUCAGGUCAACCUCAAUGGGAAGUCUCUAAUUUUUUCAUUCUCUCCUUUUGUGUUUUGAUCAUCCUCCCCUCUUCUGCCAUUGGUGUAUGUUAGUGCACUUCUAUUAAACGCGAUGUUUUUAACGAACA